AUGGGCAUAACUAGUAAAAAUAGGACAAAACUCGAAGAGAAGACCUUGAAGAUCAAAAAGGAAAUAAAUAUGUUAGAACAAGAAAUGGCCAGAUUAGAUAAGCAAUCGAUAACAGAGACCGGCGAACCACCGUUCACCGAAAAACACUUUACCAAAAUAUACGAAGAAUUGUCGUCACCCCUUCCUUCCCCCGCAUCAGAUAAGAAACGACUUCCGUUAUCUGAUCAUGCGCUUGGAGAAUUCGGUUCACCACUCCUAGAAAUUCGGGGAUCCGAGUUGCCUAUGAAUCAACCAGAAUUUCCGUCCGCUCGACAAAUCAAACAAUCCAUCGAGAACAAUAUAGUUCCCUUAAUGGAAUUGCCAAUGGGAUGGGAAAAUCUGAACCUCCAAGAAUACAACAGAAUUCUGUAUGCAUGUGCCUUGAAGAAGAGCGCGAAAGAAGCUGAAUAUGCAUUGGAAAGGAUGAAGAAAGCGGGUAUUGAACCAAAUAUAAAUACCUAUGAACAUCUAAUCAAUGUAUACGCGAGUGUCGGAGACAUAAAAAAAGCAAAGUCUGCAUUUGAUAUGAUAGAAGCUGCCGGACUGACGCAAACAGUAUAUAGCUACGCGAACUUGAUCAAGGGAUAUGUCAAUAAUCAGCGUAUCGAUGAUGCUUUCAAUGUUUAUCUGCAAAUGAAAAGUUCCAAGAUAAUACCUAAUCAGCCAAUUUUCUCAUUGCUCAUCAAAGGUUGCAUAAAAAAUGGAGAAAUACCGCGUGCUUGGAAAACAUUCGAUCACAUGCGAUUAGAAGUUUGUCAACCAGACGAAGUGACAUACAGUAUGAUGAUCCAUUCCUGUGCAAAGACCAGAGACGUCGAGCGGGCUUUUGACUUGUAUCACGAGAUGACCAACAAAGGGCUAUUCCCAACCGACGAUGCAUUCAGGCUGUUAGAUGAUAUGAAGGAUCACGGAUAUCAUCCUGAUCUAUACACGUACAAUUCAUUAUUUUAUGCGUGUUCACAUAAGGGUGAUCUAGGUACUGCUAGAAAAUUGUUAAUAUCAAUGAUGCAAAGGUCAUUAUAUGAUCCAUCUCUGACACCUGACGAGACUACAUUCACAAAUUUAUUUUUGGUCUAUGGCUCUCAUAAAGAACCUCAUUAUAACUCACAUUUAACGGGAAACAAUGUAAAAGUGGAAAAUUCUUUUCCAGAAGGAGAAACGCUAACCAAUGAACUAAUUGGAGAUGAGAGCGACAAUAUAUCAUUGAUUGAGACAAAUACUGUUACGGAAAAUGAUGGUGAUAGUGAAGUUGCAAUCACAGGAUACAAAUCUGACCUAUUGACGAUUGGAACGGACACCUUUCCCUUACUGAAGGAUCCUCCGGCGACACAUAAGCAAACUCUCAUAGAAUCAGAAAUCUUAUUUAAUUACUUGACAUCAUUAACAGGCAAAUCACAUCAACCCGAAGAUAGUUCAUUAUACAACCAUUUAAAUUCUAAAAAAAUUAGCAUGUCGCCAAGGUUAUUUAAUUCAUAUUUGACGGUUUUAGAGAAGAAGGGACAAUUUCAUAGUAUUUUGGAACAUUACAAGAAUACCAUGCCGAGAUAUAACAUUCAACUCAAUGGAUGGAUAUUUUUAACAAUGUUGAACGCAUGUUAUAGGCACAAGAAGGUUGAGGAGGCGUGGGGCAUUUGGCAAGAUUGGCAAGCUUGGUGGAAUGAUCAAGAAAAUUUCUCUGAGGAUAAUGAUCUGGAGUUUAGGAAGCUGGGUAGAACUAAGGAAUUGGAAUACGAAAUUUACAAGGUUAUGAUCAACAUAUUGGCGAGAUGCGAGGAUGUUUGGGGAGGUAUAAGAUUGUUACAAAAAUUAUCAAUGAAACAAAUUCCAAAACUCGAUCAUUUUCAAUUACUAAGGCAAAGGUGUGUAGAGAAGGGCGAUGAUGCGGCGUUAGCAAAGAUAAUGGAGUUUUGUUAUUUUGAUGAAGGUACAAAGGUUAAAGAAUUACUGAUGAUAAAAUGGAAAGGAGUUAAUUUGAUGCCCGGUAAGCUGGGUAGAAGGUCAUUGGAAGCUAGACUGGGAACCAAAAUGAGAAAUGGAGGAUGGAUCGAUUGGAAGAGACUGAAGCAAGGCGGAAAAAGUGUGGAUUGGAAGGAAGUGAAAAAAUACUAG